AUGGCUCUCGAGACGCAAAGCUACCCGCAAAAUCAGCUCUGGCUCCACCGCCUGCAGCUAGCCGUCCUGCUCUUCGUCGUGACGCAUGGUGCUGGAUCUGCCGUGGCUACCGUCCCUCCUUGCGAUCUUGGCGCCUUUGUCAUCGCCAGCAAUGACAAGCAGUACCUUCUCGUCAACACCGUGCGGCACUCGUGGGUCGAUGCCGCCGCCCACUGUGUCUCCUUGAAUGCCCGGCUUGCCAAUCCCGUGGCCCCAACAGACUUUGCCGCCAUUACUUCCGUGUACCAUGCUAGUCCUAAGAAAAGCUUUUGGGUCGGCGGCCGCAUCGCGUCUGAAGCUCCCCCUUUGCUUGACUUUGCCUCCGUCUUUGUGAAUCCGGCCACAAUCCCAUUUCAAGGCUCACUGGGCGGUGAUGAACGCUGCAUCCAAUACAACUCCUUUGCACGAGUACUUCAGCCCAAGGCUUGUCGGAAGCGCCGCUUCUUUCUGUGCGAGCGCUCCUCCCCCGCCACCUUUUGCGCAACGCACCCUGCCACCGCCACCACUCAGCCACAAGCCCCAAGUAUCAUCCAGCUCCCGGGAACUUUCAGCUUUGACGAUGCUGCUGCUGCUUGCCAAUCCCUCGGCCAUGAACUAGCCGCGCCCCACAACCAAGCAGAGUUGAAUGCUAUUGUGCAAGCACUCCAUGACGACAAGAUCAACAUGGCUGCAGAAUUUUGGCUCGGCAUGAAGGUGGACGAAAACAUCCAUCUCGUCUUUCAGAACAGCACAAUGGCCGUCGAUAUUUCACAAUUUACAGCCCCUGCCAUAAAAACCCGCUGGCGCAAUUGUGGAUUGCUCAAGAUUCAACAGGCCAAUAGCGGCCAGCUUCAGACCAACCGUUGCAACCGUCGCAACAUCGGUCGCUAUGGGUCUUCCUAUUGGUAUUCCAUAGCUACGACGACCUCACACAUUGACACCUACUUUUGGACCCCCUGGGCUUGA